CGGGUGUUUCACUACGGAUGCGAAUGCUCGGGCCUUAGUGCCCGAGGCCUUGCGAACCGCUGCAACCGCAAGAGCUAGAGUCAGGCCCGAGGACGAAAGCCUCGCUUUCUCCCUUUGUGUCAUAAUCAUGUCCACCAAUGAGAAUGCUAAUUCACCAGCUCCCCGCCUCAACAGAUUCAAGAACAAGGGGAAAGACAGUACAGAAAUGAGGCGGCGCCGAAUAGAAGUUAAUGUGGAGCUAAGGAAAGCUAAGAAGGAUGACCAGAUGCUGAAAAGGAGAAAUGUCAGCUCUUUUCCUGAUGAUGCUACUUCUCCACUGCAGGAAAACCGCAACAACCAGGGCACUGUAAAUUGGUCUGUUGACGAUAUUGUCAAAGGCAUAAAUAGCAACAAUUUGGAAAGCCAGCUCCAAGCUACUCAAGCUGCUAGGUAAGUCUUGUCUUCUCUA